AUGGGCAAUUCCUGUUGGGAGCUGUAUUGUUUGGAACAUGGAAUCCAGCCGGAUGGCAUCAUCUCUUCCAAGGCAUCCUCGGGGCGAGCAGACUCUUCCUUUGGGACCUUCUUCAGUGAGACUGGGUCAGGGAAGCAUGUGCCCAGAGCAAUAUUUGUUGAUCUGGAGCCCACUGUCAUUGAUGAGAUCAGGACUGGGACCUUCAUCAGUGGCAAAGAAGAUGCUGCCAACAAUUAUGCACGAGGCCACUAUACCAUUGGGAAAGAGAUCAUUGACCCUGUUGUUGACAGGGCUCGUAAAAUGGCUGACCAGUGCAGCGGCCUCCAAGGGUUCCUGGUCUUCCACAGCUUUGGGGGAGGCACGGGCUCCGGCUUCACCUCCCUCCUCAUGGAGCGGCUCUCUGUGGAGUACAGCAAGAAAUCCAAGCUGGAGUUCUCCGUGUACCCAGCCCCGCAGGUCUCCACUGCAGUGGUGGAGCCCUACAACUCCAUCCUCACCACCCACACCACCCUGGAGCACUCGGACUGCUCCUUCAUGGUGGACAACGAGGCUAUCUAUGACAUCUGCAACCGCAACCUGGACAUUGAGCGUCCCACCUACACCAACCUCAACAGGCUGAUUGGGCAGAUCGUCUCUUCCAUCACUGCCUCCCUGAGAUUUGAUGGUGCUCUGAAUGUCGACCUGACUGAGUUCCAGACCAACCUGGUGCCCUACCCUCGGAUACACUUCCCGCUCACAACCUAUGCUCCCAUCAUCUCGGCGGAGAAAGCCUACCACGAGCAGCUGUCGGUGCCAGAGAUCACCAACGCCUGCUUUGAGUUCUCCAACCAGAUGGUGAAAUGCGACCCGCGCCGGCGCAGCAUCCAGUUUGUGGACUGGUGCCCCACGGGUUUCAAGGUGGGCAUCAACUACCAGCCGCCCACGGUGGUUCCCGGGGGGGACCUGGCCAAGGUGCAGCGGGCCGUCUGCAUGCUGAGCAACACGACGGCCAUCGCGGAGGCGUGGGCCCGCCUGGACCACAAGUUUGACCUGAUGUAUGCCAAGCGAGCCUUUGUGCACUGGUACGUGGGAGAGGGCAUGGAGGAGGGGGAGUUCUCGGAGGCCAGGGAAGACCUGGCUGCCCUGGAGAAGGAUUACGAGGAGGUUGGAAGGGACUCAGCAGAUGGAGAAGAGUUUGAGGAGGAAUAA